GUAUGCCAGGCCCAGCACCAGGUGUUCCUGCGGUUCAUUCUGGGGCAUACUAAGAGCGCCGUUGUAGACCGUAGCUGCGCUUCAUCAGUUUGCUUGACUCCCGAUUGCAAGCGCAUUUAUUGACCAAUUGACUUGUUGUGUAACCCUCCUGAUUUGCGAGAGGAAGGCGAGCCUCAUGAUGCGGGUCUCAAAUUGUAUCACCCUCCUGGUGUUGGGGUGCUGUGCACUGAUGGCUCCAGCCCAGGGAGCAAAAGAGGUCACGAGGUUGCAAAUAGGGGUCAAGCACAAACCCGCGACAUGCCUGAAGAAGGCGACUGCUGGGGACUCAGUGUCCGUCCACUACACGGGUUCUCUGACUGAUGGCUCAGUCUUUGACUCCAGCGUGGACAGGGGAACUCCCUUUGAAUUCAAGCUUGGCGCCGGACAGGUGAUCAAGGGGUGGGACCAGGGGAUUGCAGGCAUGUGCAUUGGUGAGAAGCGUCGCUUGAAGAUCCCAGCAAGCCUGGGUUAUGGCGAGCAUGGAUCACCACCAAAGAUUCCAGGAGGAGCAACACUCAUCUUUGAGACAGAGCUGAUGGGCAUCAACGGGGAGACUGCUUGAAUGGACCAUUAUCUUUCGGCAUAGAAGGGCUAAACCACAGGCAACUGAAAUGAAUGUGGGUUCUGGAACACAGCCACUGGCUGCCACUGUGCUGGUGUCCCAUGCUGCAAUGCACAUUUCAUGUACCGGGUAGAUCAGCUGGUGCAGGAUGCUGCACGUGCAUACAUGCUCAAUGAUGAGAAAGAAUCUGAUACUAUCGGCUAAAUAGCUAGCUAGUAGCGGCUGCUCCAAGUUGUGUAACUGAGCAGGCGCCCGAGGUCCUGCCCUGUGCGGAAUCUAGAUGAUCAUGAUUCGCACUAGAGCAUGGCAUGAUCGUGAGUAAGCAUGAUGGCAACUUGCCGUUAACAAGGCUUCCGAGUAUUUCACAAUUGCAGCUUCAACCUUGAACCAAGAUCUUCUAGAAAUUAAGCUAAGAAAUAAUAAUC